UUGUCAUUUUUUAAGGACAAAGUCGACCCAGAACGUGAUGGAGCGCCUGAUUAUUACAAAAUUAUCAAACAUCCAAUUGAUUUAACAACAAUUAAGCGAAAAUUAAACUCAAAUGAAUAUAAGUCGAUUGAACAAUGGGCUGAUGAUGUAAAUUUGGUAUGGAAAAAUGCAAAAACUUACAACAACGAAGGAAGUGUUAUCCAUUUCAUUGCACAAGAGCAAGAAAUAUGGUUUGCGCGUAAAUACAAAAAUAUUCCAAGAACAAAAGACGAAGAAUGGGUUUAUCAGCUCCAAAAGGCUACAAAAAUUUUAUCUAGGUUAGCCACACAACCUCCUAACUCAAUAGUCCCAUCAGCUAAUGUUUUAUUUGAUUUAACAAAGAUCCAAGCAGAACUUGCACCUCUUCAGACAGUUACAUUCGCCCCAGUUGAGAAUAAGCCACAGAGCCAGAACCAGUAG